CUCCACUUCCACAGCUUAAUUAAUUAAUCAAUAUCCUCUUAUUAGAAAGAAAUUAAAAGAGAUUAAUUAGAACAAGAGAAUCAAUCCGGCGAGAAAUGGCCGACCAUUCGGAUAUCAGGUACAAGGCCGGCGAGGCUGCCGGACAUGCCCAGAUCAAGAAGAAUGAGAUGAUGGACAAGGCGAGCGAGGCGGCGCAGUCGUGCAAGGAGUCCUGCCAGCAGGGUGGAGAGAAGGCCGGGGGUUUCAUGCAGCAGGCGGGCGAGCAGGUGAUGCAGAUGGCCCAAGGAGCUGCCGACACUGUCAAGAAUGCCGUCGGGAUGGGCGGGCCCACCGGCGGCGGCACCGCCAGCGGUGGCGCCACCACCACCACUCACACCACCACAACCAAGCGAUACUGACGAGCAAAUAAAUGAUUUAAUGCGAUUUUUUCUCUUCCAGGUGUUUUUAUUCUUUUUAUUGUGAUGGAAUGGUAGUGUGACCAUUUCCUUCUUUAUAAUUAAUUAUUAUGUUUUUUUUUUUUUUUUUCUUCCUGCAUGUCAUUUUGAAUAAGCUAAGGUGCUAGAUCAUCUAGCUACUAUUAAUUGUAUGAGAAAACAAAGUUCUCUCUUCUUUGGAAACUAUUUUAUAAAGAAAUAGAUUGGUUUUUUUAUUA